CAUCUAUAUAACUCCCUCCCCCUCCCCCUACCCACCACCGCUUCUUCCUUUCUCCAGCUCUCUCUGCCAUCCAGCUUAGAUCCAAGUGAAGCAUCUGUUCUUUCCGUCUAAUCGCCAGAACGCCCUCUACAGAGGGCAUAUUCGAGAUGAAGUAGCUUUUGGACCCUGCGCUGCUGCUACUGCUGCUGCUAGGACUUGUCUUGCUUGGUGCGGCGUGCUGUGUCGCUUGUAUUGCGCUGUUUUGGGCUGAUGCGAUGGGCUUGCUGCCUGGGUUGCGGUGGUGGCGAGCUGUGGCUUUUUUCUGCGCUGCCGUAUGUCCUGGUUGCUUUUGUUGCUGUGUUUAGCUUGGCUGGGCCUGUGGGGGUGGGGGCUUGGGGUGGAAGGGCUUUUUUCGUUGCUUUGCUUUUGGUCUGGGGUGAGGGUGGUUUGGGCGGUUGGCGGGGUGGUGGUGCUGGGAUUUACGUGGUUGUUGGUCGGGACGUGGUGGUGGGCAGAGCUGUUGAUGGGAGAACUUUACUUGAAUUGGCUCCUAGGUGAGGUUAAUUUGUCGAGUGGAGGGAACGGUGGUGCUUGCUGUCGGGUUGGGUCUGGGCCAUGGGAACUCGCAGUCUGUAUGCAUCACUGAGUUUGCUGGUUGGUAGCGUACUGGCCGUAAGGCAUUUCGAGAGAAGAUUUGAUGUCCUUUUAGCGUUGACUGUUUAGAACAUUAUUCUAUAAUCGUCGAGAUCUGUAUAAGACUGUGCAAAACCUAUACAUUAACGGUCGGAAGUUGCUGAGCAGCUUAAAAAUUGCGAACAGUCUUGACUGUGCUGUUUCCUAACAUGAGCCAACUUAUAGAGUUUUAUGGCUCGAAGGAACACUUCUUGACCG